AUGGUAAAAAGAAAAAGAAAACAUCACGUCGUGAUUACUGGAUGCUUCAAAGAGGAAUUUUAUGAAAUUCUAAAAACUACACAUGAAUCAAUUGGUCAUGGUGGUCGUGAUAGGAUGAUUUCUGAACUUUCAAGAAAAUAUAAAAAUAUUACUCGGUGUGAUGUAGAGGUUUUUUUACAGUUAUGUGAACCAUGUCAACUGAAACAAAAAGGCGUUGACCUCAUUGAUUUUCAGUCACACCCAGAUGGAAAAUAUAAAUUUAUAUUAGUAUACCAAUACCACCUUACCAAAUUUAUAAUUCUUAAGCCACUUGAAUAUAAACGAGCAGAGGAAGUAGCAUUCAACCUCAUAGAUAUUUUUACGCUAAUAGGAGCUCUAUCAAUCCUACAAUCUGAUAACGGACGUGAAUUCUCAAAUAACAUAGUUUCUAACUUAAAAGACAUGUGGCCUGAACUUAAAAUUGUUCACGGUAAGCCAAGGCACAGCCAAAGUCAGGGGGGUGUUGAAAGAGCGAAUCAAGACGUCGAGAAUAUGCUUACAACAUGGAUGCAAACAGAAAAAAAUUCUCAUUGGAGUCAAGGAUUAAGAUUCAUUCAAUUAAUGAAAAAUAGGGCAUUACAUUCUGGGAUUAAGAUGUCACCAUAUGAGGCAUUAUUUGGUUGUAAAGUCAAGGUUGGGCUUAGUACAUCAAAUUUACCGAAAGAAGUAGUCAACAAUUUAGAAAACGUAGAACAAUUACUAGAAAUAUUUGAAAAAAAAUGA